GGUCAAAAUACGAAUCCAGUGUGUUUUAUUUUUAAAGCCGGUACGUCCGGCGAAAUUCCCCGUCUUUAUGUAUUGUUAGGAAGCCCAUCAUGUCGGAAGAUGAUCCUUUUAUGGAGUCGACGGGACAAUGUAUCACCAAAGAAAGCAAGAGUAGAAGCCGAAUGGGUCUCUUCGUAACUGGGGUGGUCGGAAGCUCCCUUGUUGCGCUCUACGCGGUGGCUGCUCCUUUUGUGGCCCCUGCCUUGAGGAAAAUCUGCCUUCCAUUUGUCCCUGCGACCACCGUACAGGUAGAGAAUGUCCUCAACGCACUACGAGUCAGAUCAGGGACCCUGGUGGACAUUGGGAGCGGAGAUGGAAGGAUCGUGAUAGAAGCAGCAAGACGUGGAUUUCAAGCAUCAGGCUUUGAAUUGAACCCCUGGCUGGUGUGCUAUUCUCGCUACAAGGCCUGGAGGGAGGGAGUUUACCACUCCACCUCCUUUCACAUCUCUGACUUAUGGAAGGUCAGCUUUUCUCAGUACUCAAAUGUUGUCAUUUUUGGAGUCCCUCAGAUGAUGGACCAAUUGGAGCUGAAGCUAGAAAAGGAGUUACCAAGCUGCGCUAAGGUGGUCGCCUGUCGAUUCCCCUUUCCCAACUGGGUUCCUGAACACACUGUCGGGGAGGGUGUAGACACUGUGUGGGUGUAUGAUGCCCAGUCAUUUAAAUCACACAUGCACCUUGGCAUGGCCAGGAAGACAAGACCAGAGAAGAGAGACAUUGCAGAGUCACACAAUCCCUGCUAAACAACAACAACAACAAAAAGUGAAGUAGGAGACUGCAGUAGUGUAAAGUUGCCUUACACAUUUUCUACUUUUGACAUGUACACAGCUUUCACACUCACGCUUGACAUUCUUGCAAAUGGUUGAAUGUUUGAUGAAGUGUUUCACUGUGCUUGACAUCAUCAGGAUUUGAUUGGGGAUUUUAUGUUUGCUUCUAUGAUGGAGAAUGAAAAUAAAAUGCACAUAAUUGCGCAUGCUGUCCUUAAAUAACUACUGCUAUCAAGAAACUGGAUUUUCUUUGUUUAUAGCUCAAUAUCUUAUUGUUUAAUGCAAAACAUUUAAUACAUUUGAAUAAAGUGCAUAUAGAUCUAUAUACUGUAUACCAUAGGGAUAUUCAGCCUUCAGGUGAAAUUUCAGAAUUAAGCUAAAAUACACUACAAUAAAGUGAUUUCCAUGAGGUAGGAUUCAAUGUUAAUAAAACGGAAUAUUUUAGUAAUUGCAACAUAGAAAACCUGUUUAUGAAUUUCUAAAUACAAUUGUUACGAUUAUUAGAGCUCUCUAGACAUGAAUUAAAACCCCUAUAAUCACCUUUACACUCCCAUCACGUAAUAGUUGAUAUAAUACAAGAAGAUAAGACAUUUAAGAAAUAGUUAAGACGUGUGUGCUUCAAUAACGGACAGGAAGUGACGUCGGGGAUUCAAGAGUUGAGUUUUAGUAAUAGUUUUUUAAAAGCCUGUUGCCGAUCAAGUCUGGUCCACUGGGAAAUACUUCCCCUCACUGUCAUGUUUGCGCCCUUAUUUUGGCGAGCUGUACUUCCUGUGUGGUGGAAGAUAAAGCCGUUUUACGCCUGGCGGCUGCACAGCUGCGGGCAUUUCUUAUUAGCGGCGGUUAAAAGGCCAGCGCCGUCGUAUGUGUGGCGCUGGUUCAUUGUCUGUGUUACUCAUGCUCCCCGUCUCUUAGUCAGUGCCGUCACUUACAGUUUACUUACCUUGAUUCUACCUGUCACAUGGUUUUCCACGAGCCCUUUUCUCUGUCGCCUUUUGUUUACUCCUUUCUACAACAUUAAAGAACUUUCAUUUUUGCAAGCCAUCGCCUUGUCUCUGCAUACCGGGGUCACGCACUCGACAGCUCUACUCGUGCCUGACAGAUUGUGACACCCACACAAAUGUUGCUUCUUGUCAGGAUGACUUGUUUGGUAGAGACAAGGAAAUCAAACACACAUGCCAAUAUAUCGAGGCCAGAAAAAUCAUUGACUUUGUUUUUAGUUAAUGUGCGGUUAAUUGAUUUAUUGAUUAUCGUGACAGGCCUCCAUACUUGUCAAGCCUCCCGAUUUCCCUGGGAAGCUCCCGUAUUUUCCCCCUUUUUCCUGGCAUUCAAGUUCCCUUAUUUUCUGACAAAUUUCCCUCAUUUCCAAAUGCAAAUGUUGGCACACAAAGCAUUUAUUUCAGUAUUUUAGAUCCCCACAAUUGCAUUUUGUGAGUUGAACCUGAAUGUAUUGCAUUAAAUUCACAUUAAAUAAGUUUGCUAUUUAUGCAAAUUCAUAUUUUUGAGUUUUUUGUCAUAGUUUGUGGUCAUAUUCAAUACACAGACAUUGUAUUUUUAACCACAGUUUGCAGUGAAUGGCAAUGCAAAGAGGUUUUUUUUGUAUGUUUGUUUUAUAUUGCUUUUGACACUGGAUUUUUUUUUUCCUUUUAAAUCUAUUCACGGAUGUUGUUUUUCUUGUGAAAUACUGCUCCAUGUCCUUUUAAUAGCUCCUUGACCUGUGAGACAUUUCUAGAGGUGAAUGAACUUAUUUCUGUAUUUGAAAACAAGGCAAAGUACAGUAACGGAGGUUUGUUCAUCAGUCGGGAAAGGAAAUAAAUAGUAGUCAUGAUUUCUUUGUCAAGUGCAGUUUCUUGGGAGAAGUGUAUGAUGCCAGAACUGUCUUACAACAGAAAAGGCAAAUCAUCAUGUCAGAAAUGAAGUGAAACAAUACUCCCUAAAAGCCUGGACACAAAGACAAAAUGCAUAUUUUCAAGAAAUAACAUUUUCAACAACAUUUUAUUCACUUGGAAUAUCAACAAGUAACAUUUUCAAAAUGAUUUCCAACAUUUGCAGGAUUCACGUGGCCGCCAUGCAAUAACUCCACAUUUCCUUUGUGUCCGGACUUGAGCAGAAGCCGGUUGACUGAGAUGUGACCAAACAGGUGAUGCGCAAGGGACGAUCAGUACAUUGCUGGUGCCUACCAAAAAAAUAAAUAAUGACAUUUCCAAGAGCUUAAUCACGUGAUCAAAUAGGACUAAUAUAUUUAUUAACUGGGAUGUCAGAUACUAAACCAAAAUAAUGCUUUGAAAUGAGUGGUGUCUGGCCUGCGAGGGAUCCUAGUUCUAGGUAACAGGAUGUGUGGCUAUUUCGGACCAAUCCAAUUACGUUUCAGCUAACAGUCUUAACAGUCUGUGUGGCCAAAGGAUUAUGACAAUAUUAACUUUAAAUAGCCUUUUAAAAAAAAAACUCAAAUCACAAAUUUUCCAGCUUUUCCUUUGCUUUGUCAGUGAAAUUGUC